AUGGGCUUGCUAGAUGGCUUGUUCGGGCCGGAAGGGGGAGAGGAUGGCAGUAAGGCUGGGGAUACCCUUGGUGGCUCAGAUGCAACCGCCAAGGAGCUGGCAGCCGGAGGCCCUCCGCUAGCGAGGGACACCCCGCCGCCGCAAGACCCCGGUAUCUACAGCCAUGGAGGGGCGGGCUUCAAUGCAGAGCCCAUGGAGAGAGCGGUGCAGCUGGCCUUCGAGCUGGGCAGGGAGCGCAACCCGUCCGUCUUGGCGCACGAGCGUCGCUCCAAGCUCACCAAGACAAGGGCGGAAGUUUCGGACAAGACCGGGGAAUUCCACCACUGGGCCACGGAGGCCGACAAGCACAUAGACCAUAAGGUGCGUGAGGAAGCAGCGCGGAUGCGAGAGCUGAAGGACGAGCACAGCAGGGCCAGGGAGGAGUUCCGGGAUCGUCUGAAGCGUCAGCGAGCGGUCGACAAGAUGCAGCUUGCCAAGCUAGAGCGAGAAAAGCAACAGGAGAUGGAACAGGAACUAGCGGCAAAACAAGAGCAGAUCAGACGCGAGACGAUCGAGCUGGAGGCACAGCUGCGGCAAAAGACCGAGCUGGAGCGUGUGAAGAUGGAGACGGAGGGAAGGAUUCUGGCAGAGAGAAAGAACCACGACCUUCGUCUCGAGCAGAAGAGGCAGCAGGCCGCGGACACCCGGGAGACCGUCCUGUCUGGCCUCAAGCUCACCGGCGAAACGCUCGGACAGGGCAUCGCGGAGUUCCUCGGCAACCGCCAGGAGAUGACGGCGGUGGUGCUCGGUCUGUCGGCGGCGGCCCUUGGCAUCUACUCGGCAAAGAUGGGCACCGGAGUCAUGGGCCGCUACGUCGAGGCGAGGCUCGGGCGACCGUCUCUCGUCCGAGAGACUUCACGUCGGUCUGCGGGGGAAAUAUUGAAACACCCACUGCAGGGGGCGAGACGGCUGUUCAAGUCUGUCAAGCCCGGGGAUGCGCUGGAGGGCGACGCCUCUUUGCCGAAGGCUAUCUUCGUCCCGCAGAUGGAGCAGCGGCUCCGAAGGGUGGCCGAGUCGUCGUCCAACACUCGCGCCAACCGUGCGCCUUUCCGCCACCUGCUCCUGCACGGCCCUCCCGGAACCGGGAAAACCCUCUUCGCCAAGGGCCUCGCGCGGCACUCUGGUCUGGAUUACGCUAUCAUCACCGGGGGCGACGUUGCGCCCCUCGGUCGCGAGGCUGUCUCGGAGAUGCACAAGCUGUUUGACUGGGCCCAGGCUAGCAGGCGUGGGGUGCUGCUGUUCGUGGACGAGGCCGACGCGUUUCUAAGGAGAAGGAGCACAGAGAGGAUCAGCGAGGACAUGCGCAACGCGCUCAACGCCUUCCUGUACCGCACGGGGGAGCAGACGGACCGCUUCAUGGUGGUGUACGCCUCGAAUCAGCCGGAACAGUUCGACGACGCUAUCAACGACAGGAUCGACGAGAUGGGUUUCGUGGAAGUUUCCAACGUUCCAGCUCCGCUCGCCGACUGUUUGUUACCCACGGCACUUUGA